GUGCGAGUCGGGAAGGCGGCGGGCGGGUGCGGCCCUCGGCGGCGGAGGGCGCCAUGGUCGGUGGCGAGGCGGCUGCCGCGGUGGCGGAGCUGGUUUCGGGGGUGCGGCAGGCGGCUGACUUCGCGGAGCAGUUCCGCUCCUACUCGGAGAGCGAGAAGCAAUGGAAGGCUCGCAUGGAAUUCAUCCUGCGCCACUUGCCCGACUACCGCGACCCGCCAGAUGGCGGUGGCCGCCUGGACCAGCUGCUGUCCCUCUCCAUGGUGUGGGCCAACCACCUCUUCCUGGGUUGCAGUUACAACAAAGACCUUUUAGACAAAGUGAUGGAAAUGGCUGAUGGGAUUGAAGUGGAAGACCUGCCACAGUUUACUACCAGAAGUGAAUUAAUGAAAAAGCAUCAAAGCUAAGGCAGAAGAUUCAUCACAUUUUCAACAUCAGCUUAGGAAGGAGGCUGGGAUGAAUGUGACAUUGACCACAGCAGCUCUCUUAAGAUUCCUGGUAUUUCAACCUGUAGGAAAUCAAGAGGCAGUUGGAAUGAUAGAUAGUCUUGUCUAGAUUGGAGUUUUAAAAGGUCUCAUUCUUCCAGUAGCUAUCAUUCUAAAAGUGUGCAUGGAUAUUUGUGGAUUUAUAAAUCAUGCCUUUUUUUAUUCUUACUUUUUGAAUGUCAAACUUUUUGUUAAAAAAUCCCUAUUUUUUUUAUGUUGAUGUAAUAAUUGUAGGUAAUGAAUUUUACAAUUUGGAUUUUUCAACAAUGUAUAUUCAAGUCUGAUUCUGUUUCAUGGUGUUCCCUCCCACCCCACCCCCCCGCCCCCACUGAGGCAGACCAGCCUUUAUUUCCUUAUUUCUUUCUGAAGUUUAUGCCAUCUUUAUGGCCAUUGCUACACACACUUAUCUUUUUUUAAGAGAUGAGUGAGAAUCAAAUCGUAGGCCUCAAGUACCUGCCAACUCAUGGGAAGAGGCAACUUCUGAAAGGGCAUCUGGCCUUUAAAACUGAUACCAGAUGCCACAGCUUGGUCCAGGCAGCCAGUUGGUUUAUAGAUUCUCUAGAAGGUCUCCUAGGCUGCUGAAUAAAACCCACAUUCUCUUUUUCUGGAGGGA